CUGCUAUAAACCCCCGUCAAGGGCAUCGGGGCGUGACAGAGAGGAGAGAGGCCUGCACCCUGGCAGCCAUUGUGACGCAUCACAGAGGGUGACACAACAGAGGGCCCGGCACUCAGACCCGCUCACUCCAGUUUCCCCCUCAGCGGAGAAACACUGGGAAGCAAGACAGCGAGCCAGCCCAGCCACCAUGCGCAGCCUCCUGGCUUCCACGCGAUAAAGACGGGAAGCAGGUGGACGCUCUUCCUGCCGGCCCCGGUCCCCGGGAUGAGCGGGAGGACGGAGCCCGCGCAGGGCCUGGCGGGAGAGGCCAGCAGCAGUGGCAGCGACAGCAUCCAGGCUUUGGUCCAGGGGCGCGAGGGCCCCGCCGCCCGCAGCAGGCUGACGCGGUCGUGGAAGGUUGUCCUGAGUGUGGUGCUGGCACUGACUCUCCUCCUCGUCGGGUUCCGGAGCCACGUGUGGCCGAGAGGACACUCCACCCAGAAGCCCCGGCGGCUCUACACUGUGAUCGCGGAAUACGGCUCCCGGCUCUCCAACUACCAGGCCCAACGUCAGAUGCCCAAGGAGCAGCGGGAACUCUUCAAGAAGGAGAGCCAGACUUUGGAAAGCAACUUGCGUGAAAUUCUACUUUUAAUGGAACAAAUCGAAGUUCUGAAGGCGUUGCUGAGAGACACACGGGCCAGUCUGCACAAUUACAGCGGGAGCCCCGAUGGCGACCCCAUGGAGGCCCAGGGCCAGGCGGAGGUCACGGACAAGGAAAUGUCGAAGUUGGUAAACUAUGUGCUUAAGAAGCUGAGAGAAGACCAAGUCCAGAGGGCGGAUUAUGCCCUGAAGUCGGCAGGGGCCUCCAUCAUUGAAGCUGGGACCUCGGAAAGUUAUAAAAGCGACAAAGCAAAGCUGUACUGGCACGGGAUCGGGUUCUUAAAUUACGAAAUGCCCCCAGAGAGCAUCCUCCAGCCGGAUGUUCACCCUGGAAGGUGCUGGGCCUUCCCAGGUUCUCAGGGCCACGCCCUGAUCAAGCUCGCCGGCAAGAUCGUCCCCACCUCGGUGACCAUGGAGCACAUCUCCGAGAGGGUGUCUCCCUCGGGAAGCAUCUCCAGCGCCCCCAAGGAGUUUUCUGUCCACGGCAUCUCGAAAGAGUGUGAAGGAGAAGAGAUUUCCCUCGGUCGGUUUGUGUAUAACAAAACAGGAACCACCGUGCAAACAUUUGAGCUGCAGCAUGAAGUGUCUGAGCCCUUAUUGUGUGUGAAACUUAGAAUCCUCAGCAACUGGGGACAUCCGAAGUACACGUGUUUGUACAGAUUCCGGGUCCACGGCCGCCCCGGGGGCCAUGGGUAGAGGGUCUGGUGCCCAUGGCCACGACCAUGGGUCCGGAAUACUCGUGUUCUUCUUUCUUAGACUUACUGCACGUGUAGAAAUCAAAUAGAGGGUUCACACUUGCCCGUAAAAAGUGAAUGAAUUUUACUAAUAAAA